GGGUUUUUUUUUUUUUUUUUUGUGUUGUCGUUCUUGUAGUGUUGCUGUUGCUCUUUUUGUUGUAGUUGUAGUAGUAGUUGCUGCUGCUGCUGCUGCUGUUGUUGUUGUUGUUGUUGUUGUUGCCGCUGCUGUUCAUUUCCGUUCCGUGCUUUUGGAUCAUGAAUAAACUGUACGUGGGGAACCUGAGUCCCUCGGUCACUGUGGAAGACCUGAAGCGGCUGUUCGGCGAGCGCGAGCUGCCCGUCAGCGACAGGACCGUCUUACUCAAGUCCGGCUACGCUUUCGUGGAUUUCCCUGACCAAAAGUGGGCAAUCAAAGCCAUUGAAACGCUGUCAGGGAAAGCUGAGUUGCACGGAAAGGUGAUCGAGGUUGAUUAUUCCGUUCCCAAAAAAUUAAGGAGUCGUAAGAUUCAGAUCCGGAACAUUCCCCCUCACCUGCAGUGGGAGGUUUUACACAGCCUGUUAUCACAGUACGGCUCGGUAGAAAACAUGGAGCAAGUGAAUGCUGACUCAGACACAGCUGUGGUGAAUGUCACAUACGCAUCAAAAGAGGAAGCUAAAGAGGCCAUAGAGAAAUUGACGGGCCACAGUCUGGAUAAUCACUCGUUCAGUGUGUCCUACAUUCUGGACGUGGAGGGCAGUGGGAACGAGAGUGAAGCUGGACCCCAGGCCCAGCGCGGGGCGUCCCGGGGAGGCAGAGGGGUGCGGGAGUCUGACUCCGCUCACUCUGGGGCCAUGGGGGGCCUGCAGGGGUCUCACCACUCACACCACGAGCUCCCGCUGAGACUGCUCGUCCCCACCCAAUUUGUGGGAGCCAUCAUUGGCAAAGAGGGUCUGACCAUCAAGAACAUCACCAAGCAGAGUCAGUCCAAAGUGGACAUCCACCGUAAGGAGAACGCAGGAGCUGCGGAGAAACCCAUCACCAUCCACUCGUCUCCAGAGGGCUGCUCACAUGCCUGCAGGAUGAUCCUGGAAGUCAUGGAGAAAGAAGCCAGCGACACCAAGACUGCUGAGGAGGUUCCGUUGAAGAUUUUGGCCCAUAACAGUCUUGUAGGACGGCUGAUCGGUAAAGAAGGCAGGAACCUGAAAAAGAUUGAGCAGGACACCGGGACCAAGAUCACCAUUUCUCCCCUGCAGGAUUUGAACAUCUACAACCCAGAGCGUACCAUCACAGUAAGAGGAGGGGUGGAUGAGUGUUGUAAUGCAGAGGUGGAAAUCAUGAAGAAGCUGCGAGAGGGAUACGAGAACGACGUGGCCGCCCUAAACCUGCAAACGGCACUGAUUCCUGGGUUGAACCUGAAUGCUUUGGGGAUUUUCUCACCUGCUAUGCCUGUUCUGCCUUCAGCCACUGGGCCACGUGGAGUCACUUCACUUCCUGCCACCUACAACCCCUUAAUGGGUCAGGCAUCAGCACUGGCUGGUUUAUACGGAUCCUCCCCUGCUUUACCCCUCCAACAAACAGCUCCAGAGCAGGAAGUGGUGUAUCUUUUCAUCCCUACCCAAGCAGUUGGAGCUCUAAUAGGGAAGAAAGGACAGCACAUCAAGGAGCUGGCACGGUUUGCCGGAGCUUCUAUCAAAAUCGCUCCAUCAGACAGCCCUGACGCCCCCGAGAGGAUGGUCAUCAUCACUGGCCCACCUGAAGCCCAGUUUAAGGCUCAGGGUCGGAUAUUUAGAAAACUGAAGGAGGAGAACUUUUUUACCGCUAAGGAGGAAGUGAAGCUGGAGACGCACAUCAAAGUCCCUGCGGCCGCCGCUGGCCGAGUCAUAGGCAAGGGUGGGAAAACGGUGAACGAACUGCAGAAUCUCACCAGCGCUGAAGUCAUCGUUCCUCGAGACCAAACGCCUGACGAAAACGACGAAGUGUUUGUCAAAAUCAUCGGCCAUUUUUUUGCUAGUCAGACCGCACAGCGAAAGAUCAGGGAAAUCAUCCAACAAGUCAAACAGCAGCAACAGAAAAGCCAACAGGGUUCAGCGACACCAUCGCAGCACACCAAGUGACCAGCAGGGGGCAGUCAGCAAGCAGCAGCCUAUGAAUGUAGCUCCUCUGAGUGCAAACCAAAUCGAGCAAAAAAAGGCGCAAGAGAACAGAAAAACAAGCGAGAGGCAAACACGACAAGAAGGACAAGCAACAAGAUCGAAACCAAAGAACUUUAUAAGACCUGAGCGAGCCUCACUCACACAAGCACGAGAGCUAAACAAAACCAACAACAUCCCUGUGAGCGCUCAGGUAACAUCAGGGCAAGUGCGCCAGCAGAUGACGGAUGUUUUUAAAUUGGGUGUGGAGAUGGCGUGUAACAGUACGCCGGGUUGGAUCUGUCCUCUGAGAAGUACACAUUAUUAGCGAAAAAAACAGCGUAAAUCCGACUGCCUGUGAGACGAUCUUACCAGCAAACACAGAGCUUCUGUCCGCAUCGGAGCAGAAAGUCAGCCAUAAGCACAUUCAGGCUGAGUGCGAGCACACUGUGUAGCCUGACUAGCAUUUUAACAACGUGGACUGUAUGAGCGAGUGACACAUAACUACCUGAGGGAGUGUUAAGUAAAGUAACAGUGUAGGUGUGUAACAGUGUUCAUUGAUUAGACCAUAAUGUGCUUUUUUAUCACGUUGUCUGUAGCCUCAGAUAGAUUUACAUUCAAAAGAAAGCCAACUAAAAAAUUAUACAAGGACACCUAGGGCAGAUUUUUUCCAACUUAUUUAGCAUUUGUCAAAGCAGUUAGCAUGUCACUCCUUUUUAGCCUAGAUGCUAAUUUUGCACUUUUUGUAGUUUGUUAAUCAGGCCUUUAAUGUGAAUAAAGAGUCAGGCUUCAGUUUAGUUGGUGUAAAAGCUAAGCAAACAAUUCUUACUUUCAUACUAAUUAGACAACAUGCUAACCCACUUCUCUCGUCUUGCUUUUCUUUUUUACUCCCCGUGUUUCUUUCCCUAAAAUUUUUUUCGAAAUGAUUUGACCGAAGUGAAAGUCUACUGAGCUCUCCUGAGCUCUCCUGGCCUCUCCUGAGCUCUCCUGGCCUCUCCUGAGCUCUCCUGAGCUCUCCUGGCCUCUCCUGAGCUCUCCUGGCCUCUCCUGAGCUCUCCUGAGCUCUCCUGGCCUCUCCUGAGCUCUCCUGAGCUCUCCUGGCCUCUCCUAUCCUGCGAGUUAUGAGUGAGAAACACAAAAAAAAGUUUAAUAGAAUUAUGAUUGUAUAAAAUACAAAAAAUUAAGCCUGAUUUUAUCAUGAAUGUUGUUUUUGGGAAAGCCACAUGUUCUGUACUAGAUUCAACAAAAAGCACUUGAAAUAUUUUUGCGUGCAAAAAAAAAUCUAACAGCAAAAGUCUGGUGAAGUGCAAUAACAGAGGCUGCCUACAAGCUGCAUUCGGGACACUUAAUCACGUCCUGAACAGGCGGCCUGAUAGAACUAGUGAAUGUAUACAGUGUUUCUACCUGCCUUCUGCAGCACACAGCGUCCUGUCUGUCUCUCGUCCUGUCUCUCUUCCUUUUCUGUCUGUUUUUCUUUUUAUAUGUGUCUGUAUGUCUUUUUUUUUUUUUUUUUUUUUUUUUUGCAAUUUCUUUUCUUUUUUUUCCCGUAUAUUUUCCUUUAAU